CCUAGAUUGGACUCUUCAUAGGCAAAGUCUUCCUGCCGCAAGAUGACCUCAACUUCCAUUAGAUCUCAAUACUUCGUCUUCACUAAUAAUCAUUCUCUCGAGAAUGUGUCCACAUUUUGCCUGUGACUAUUGUCAUUUUGGCUUGUAAUCGCCUACUCCGACUUUCUUGGUCUUCUUGGUCUCCUGAUCGGUAAAUGAUCAGUCGAAUAUUCCUUGUCCUAUCUUAUCCUCCCCAUUUGCAUUCCAUGCAGCGUCAAGUUGUUAACGAGUGAUCAUGGACCUCGGUGAUUCCAGAUACAGAUCAUUCAGCCAAGCUUCACUGCACAGUGCCUAUCAAACUCAUGAAAGACGGUCCACUACCCCGAGGCUACGGUCUCCAUCUCAACCACGACUACCCUUCCAGAGCUUGAACGAUACUUCUGCUCUCCUCCGCUCUACCGGACCUCUAGAGAGCAUGCUCAAGACGACGACAGAGACCGGAGAUCUUGGUAUCUACUCCAUCAAUUCUGCUGUACCUUCAAAUACACCUCGACCCCCUCGCACAAGAGUCGGUCAUAAAAGGGUGAGGCGGCCAGCUCGCCCUUAUUACGAUGAAGUUAAGGACGGUCCAAUUCGGGACGACCGUAGAUCGCUACCCUCGUAUCGAGACACGACUUCCGAGAUCAUUUCGUUAUAUGGCUCUCCUGGAAUUACCCAUCCCAGGUCGUUUUCUCCCGCGUCGGAAGGCCAACGAACACACUCUUUGACAACGUGCAGUUCGAGACGGGUCCCUUCAUUUAAAUCCUCCGGCACCUUUCACAGUCAACAAAGUAAUAAUGGCUUUCAGCGUCCUCGCUCACCGUUUCCAUAUCCCACACGUCUGAGGCGACCUGGUGUCCGGCCUUCUUCUCCAGCAGUGACAGAUAAUGGUCUCAUUGAUCACCGGAGAAUGGUUGAGAUUGACAGGUCUUCGCAUUUCUCACAUGCAUAGGGGUUAUCGCAAGCAUCGACGAUACCCUCCAUUGUCUUUGAGGCCCGAAUUCAGUCGAUCA